UUGAGGAACGCGGACUCUGCUUGUAAAGGCUGCCACUGCUACGCUGUUUCAGUCGUGUUGGCGCGGGCAUCUAUGGGGAGCUGCUGAUUGUUUAUGACAUAUACGGAAUUGUGGAUUUAUCGAAGACCAAAAAAAAAAAAAAUCCUCAGUUAAGGGAAGAGAAGAGAAGCCAACGGGAAAACGAUUAUUGCAGGGAGAAUGCUGAAUGGCUGAAGUUUACUCAACUUUGACGUCGAGGGCCAUUUGUAAAGGCCUCGGGGUGGCGGUGUGAAGGGAAGCCGACUGUAGAGUAAGGAGAGAGCGGAUGACAACGUCAGCUGCACCCCGGAAAAUCAUCUGGAGUCCAGGCACCUCAAUCGUAUACUAUAGUCAUGUUUUUCUUCAUGGACUGAUCAUUUUUCAGUUAUUUUAAGGUGAGAAAUCUGACUGUAAUCGAAGACGCGCAUAUUAAACUGGCUUCAAUGAAAUAUUCGUCACUCACAGCAUUUGAUAUUGUCUUACAGCUCUGUAGGAGUUAAAAUCCAUACUCUCUUUAGCCUGUCUAUUUUACGAGCGUCUUAAUAGAACAAAAAUCUCAGUUGAAUUUAGAAAGAUAAAGGGGUCCUCGCUAGGAGCAACCUCAGCCCCACUAGGAGGGCGUGAUUCCUUUUUGCCGGACACAAUGAAUUGUUUUUCUUCUUCAUUAAUAUUUUCAGAUUUUCUUUAAAGACUUGACUCUGCUUCACAGUCCUGUGUGUUUUUUUUUAAUGGUCUUCAUUCUCAGUUUCAGGGUUGUAUGUAGCCUCACGACCAGGAUCCCCGCAACCAGAGGAUUUCUUUUGUUGACAUUUUUUUGAAGACAAUGAAGCAUCCUCGGAAAUAACUAAAAGAGAGAGCAGCUCGCACAAAAGAUGCAUUUUCCUUUGGCUACGCGGAUGAGAAAACAGCCCUUUGGCCGUGGCCUUCAGUAUUUAAUGAGCAGGUUUUGUGCCAGACAGUUGUGUUUUUUUUAAAUAGCAAUUCUUUCCAGGUCUGACUAUUUUGAACAGAUGCUUGGCUUCGAGGAGUGGGAGCACAUUUGUUCUUUAUUGAGACCAUUUUCUUAAUGGGUAAAUGACACUGAAAACAAAACCCUGGCAUAAGCAGCAGCAUAUUUUAUUAAUGUUAUAUUCAUGGCAGGUUUGCUGGGGUUACGUUGCUUCUUUGCUCUUUUGUAAUAUGGAAAUAUGGAUUUGGUGGAAAGACAGCUGCCAGGUUUGACACAAACGCAUUCCUCUUUGUUCCUGAUCCUCCGCAUGCUGCCUUGACAGAUCCACACAUGAUCAGAAGCGCUGGACACCUACGUUUUGUGUGCUUGUCUUUCUGGUACAUCCUGUUCAUGUCAACCUAUUGAAGGCCACCAGUUGCUGCUGACUUGCAUCAAUCCAAUUUGUGCAUAAAAGACAGUGCUGCUUAGGAGGAGUGGGACAACCCUCUAAGUUGAUUUGGGGGUACUUCACACCAAAAAAGAGAGAGAGAGAGAGACUUUCUUUGGCCAUUGCCAGGUGUGCCCUGUUGGAACAGACUGUACAGAUGCGAGUCAAGAUGGGCACCCAGGGCAGUCCUGUUAAAAGCUAUGACUAUCUCCUCAAGUUCCUACUGGUGGGAGACAGUGAUGUUGGGAAGGGAGAAAUUUUGGACAGUUUGCAGGAUGGAUCUGCUGAGUCUCCUUAUGCCUACAGCAGUGGAAUUGACUACAAGACGACUACAAUCCUCCUAGACGGGAGACGAGUCAAGCUGGAGCUGUGGGACACAUCAGGGCAGGGCCGCUUCUGCACCAUCUUCAGAUCCUACUCCAGGGGAGCUCAGGGAAUUCUGCUGGUUUAUGACAUCACCAACCGAUGGUCCUUUGACGGCAUUGACCGGUGGAUCCGUGAAAUAGAUGAGCAUGCCCCAGGUGUGCCACGCAUCUUGGUUGGUAACCGACUCCACUUGGCAUUCAAAAGACAAGUACCCACGGAGCAAGCACGUGCUUAUGCAGAGAAGAACGGCAUGACAUUCUUCGAGGUGAGCCCGCUGUGCAACUUCAACGUCAUCGAGUCGUUCACGGAGCUCUCCCGAAUCGUCCUCAUGAGGCACGGCAUGGAGAAGUUUUGGAGACCCAACAGAGUGUUCAGCUUACAGGACCUCUGCUGUCGGGCGAUUGUGUCCUGCACCCCUGUGCACCUCAUUGACAAACUGCCUCUGCCCGUGGCCAUCAAGAGCCACCUCAAGUCCUUCUCCAUGGCCAACGGAAUGAACGCUGUGAUGAUGCACGGCCGCUCUUACUCGCUGGCCAACGCAGGUGGCAGUGGCAGCAAGGGGAACAGCCUGAAGCGCUCCAAAUCCAUCCGGCCGCCUCAGAGCCCCCCUCAGAACUGCACCAGGAACAACUGCAAGAUCUCUUAGCGUGUGGCGGAGCGAUGGAGUACUCCCGUCCACAGAGGACGUCCUCUCCUGUCCUCUCUUCUCAGCUCUGGCCACCCGGUAAUUUUACAGAGAGGCUCCCCACAGAAUACGGCAGGCCUCGGCCUUCCGGGGUGGCAGGGCAGAUGCAGUGCGGCGGCGCUGUUUGGUUUACCUCCACUUGACUCGUAAGAGACUGAAUCAUGUAAAUUAUGUCGCCACUCAAAUCGGUUAAUAUAUUGCUCCUUUUUUUUUAAUAUAUAUAUAUAUAUAUAUAUAUAUAUAUAUAUAUAUAUAAUUAUGAUAUUUAACUUUUGUGAAACGAAAUUGUACAUCGCAAAACAGAAACACCCACUGAGGGCUGAACUUCAACAGACUGCAGGAAAUUGAGGAGCAAAGAGUGACAUGGCAUCCCUCUGCCGGCCACCAACUCCCAAAAACGCCACGGGGCAGGUUGGGCAUCCAUUCAACUUGGGAUUCGAUUCUUUACGUUCUACAGAUUUCAGCUCACCUGCCCAGCUGAGUUCAGUUUUGCCCCUUUGUUGUAACCUUUCCAAAACCUGGCUGAAGGAUUUGCUUUCAUUGUUUGCACCCGCACCUGUGGCACCUUAAACCCCUUGCUGUUUGUCCCUCACUUUGAAGCCUGCUGACCGCCACCAUCUUGUGCACAUGCCUGGCUCGCCUUAACCCAAAUGCCAGCUUUGUUUUAGUUUACUUUGCCUGAAUCCCUGGGCCAACCCCAGAAUGAAACCGAGGUGCAAUCCCAAUCCCCACAGCUAGAGGGCAGGCUACCUCUCCCCUUAUUCCGUUUCUCCCACCUGCCAACCUCCCUCACAUUUGAUAGCGUUUGCCAGGUUCCCCGAGUGCCAAAG